AUGCCUGGAAACGAAGAGGGAGUACCCUUAACUUAUCCAAUUUCUGGUUUACCUGACUUUCGAACGACUGGUCUUGACUGGCUUAGUGUUGAUAUGCCGAACUUUGGUCUCAACUCUGAACCGUGGGCCAUUGCAAGUAUUUUGAACCACCCCAGUACCCAGUCGCCUGUCAGCUCGAAUCAACUUGGGUCUGGGUUUAACACAGAAAGAAUUACUUCACCCCAUUUUCAGCACCCUCGCACCCCGCCAACUGCGACAAGCAGAACAGGAAAUUCGGUGAAUAGCCACAAUCUACAUCCAUUAGAAUCUAGCUAUACAGGACAACCUUGGCCAUUCGACCAAGCCCGAGAUUCACCUCCGCAUCGGUACUCUUUGCCACCUCUAAGAGACAUUCUCAGAAGCACCUCAGGCAACCGAAACAAGCGCCUGAACAGCCUAGUUUCAUUUCUUUCUGACGGCUAUCUUCCGAAUCUAUCGUCAGUGGAAGAUAUUAAUGCCCCUCAGGUAUUUGGCGAUUUACACAGACUACUUGAUCUUUAUUUCUCGCGAUUUCACGAUAUCCAACCGAUUAUCCACCGGCCAACUUGGAACAUGUUUUCUUGUCCGACAAUUCUUCUCACCUCAAUGGCUUGCGUGGGAGCGUUGCUCUCAGAUGAUGAACAGGACACAGAGCUUUCAUCGAUGCUUAGUGAAAUCUGCCUACCAAUGAUUUCAUGGCUGGGUGCUACAGAUGGAGGGAAUUACCGAGACAUCUCUUAUCUUAACGCGCUCUGCCUGCAUCAGAUUUACUCUCUAGGAUCUGGAAAUAGACAACUCUAUCAAAAUGCUGACCGUUCCAGAGGUGUUUUGAUUGGAAGUUUGCGAGGCAUGGGCCUUUUAGGCUCCUCAUCAUGGGGCAUCAUGGACGAAACCCAAGACAGUACUGAACUACCUGGGGCUGGAAACGACAUGGGGCUUUUGAAUCGUCAAUGGCUAUCUUGGGUUACCCAAGAACACGAACGCAGGGCAGCUUGGGCCGCAUUCGAAUACGAUUGCAGCCUCUGUACUCUUACCAGCCGCCGAGGAGCUAUUGAUCUGAGCGAACUGCCUCGAAAGUUGCCCUGUAACGAAUCACUAUGGGGGGCUACCUCAGCACAAGCUUGGUUGGCACUCCGAUCACAUCUUAGCAUCUCCCCAAGCCUUUCAGAUACUUUGAAAGACAUAUUUUCAGGAAAACAGAUAAGUAAUUCCCUGGGGACAUGGGCUCGAAGACUCUGCUCGCAGGUCAUAGGGCGCCUCUUGUGGGAUUUGAAGCAGCUAGAGGUAGUGGCAAUGCCGGAGCAUUUCGGUCUUCCAUCCCUCCUCGGUGCGCACCAACAAUCCAAAAAACUUUUACUGCGCUCUCUUAACCACUUACUUGGCUCCAUGUCCUCCCCUUCCAACACUCCUGAACUGAUUAGUUACAACAUAUCUGGCCUUCUUUGCAACUACUCCCACCUCUAUGCUGCUGAGGAUAUCAUGGAUGCCAUUGUCUACAUAGUUCGCCAUCACAUAUCGCAGGAUUGUUCAAAGAGUCUAUAUAACGUAGAAGUCGCCCAAAUGAGGUUAAGGUCCGCAUUCACACAAGACGCUCACAAGGGCAGAAUGCUCCUUUGGCACGCUGCACAAAUCGUUGGCAUCGCUAACGAGUAUCUGGUGUCGGCGCCAUGCGAAAUCAUGCGCGUGUUCAUGGCUUACAUCUUCAUAUUGGCUUAUUCCACAUAUGGCCCACGGUUUGCGUCUUCUGCCAACGACCAAGUACCUCUGCGGCUGGACCUUCCAUGCCACGAGAACACAUCUCGAAAGCGCUCUGUUACGGACUGGGUCGGCACAGGAGGACCGGCAGGUUUGGGAUCUAUCAAGAAUGUAUUUGACGACGGCUGCGCCUCUCAUUUGAGUCGUGACGCGCAAGUUUUAAUGCAACGAUUACGUUGUUGGGGAUUGGCAGGCAAAUUUUGCAAAAUUCUUCAUGUUUUUGAGACUAGGGGUUUUUAG